AUGCUUUUCUGUCUUGCCUUCGUCUUCGUGCUGGUUAACGCCUCCGCGGCCAAAACCAAUGAGCCGUGUGUGGACGACGCUAGCGAAGGGCUCUGUCUUCGUUUUAAAAGCAAAGGAAAGUGCUUUAUGGGAAGUUCUGUUCAUUUUGCGAAGACAGUCUGUGCUAAAACUUGCGAGUGGUGUACCCCUGAGGAGCCUAGAAAACCUGAAUCGGUGAGUAACAUUUUUAUGCCAAUGAAUACAGCAUGA